GACAGCAUUAAUGUGGGCUGCCUAUGGAGGACAUCUGGAGAUCUGUCGACUCCUCAUUGAUACAGGAUGUAAGAUCAACAUCACAGAAACAAGAGAUGGAAGAACAGCUUUACAUCUAGCUGCUUAUGGGGGACAUUUACAGACCACAAGAUGUCUGGUAGAAAGAGGUGCCAGUCCCUUGGUUACAACACAUGAGGGUGAGACUCCAUAUGAUAUAGCAGCCACAUGGAAACAGGGGCAAUAUAAAGAAGUGAUGGAAUACUUACAGACUGUCAUGUCAGAGAAAUCUCCAGGUGUGACUGCUGGUCAAGGGAUAGAAGGGGAAAUGGUUCCAACUGAAAUAAGAAUAAUGGCUGACAAAAGAUCUAUUGAUUUGUACCUCAAAUUACUUGAGUCAGGCUCUGAGAAAAAGAGAGACAUACGUUUAGUUGUUGUUGGAAAAAAAGGUGCAGGAAAGACAUCAUUGAUUAAAAGAUUGUUCUCUGAAGAAAAUACAGAUGUAACUAGUACAAAUGGAAUAGAAAUCCACACAAUAAAAUGCAAAGCAAUGUCUGAUGAUGGCAUAUGGAAUAAAGUAGAUGGAGUCAAUGAAGAAACUGAAAUUCAUGCAAGACUUUUGAAACAAUACAAAGGAACAAUUGAAGCAUCAAAAGAAAAAGGAACAUAUAAAGCUGUUAAGGAAAACAAACCAUCAAUAAGUUUUGAUGAAUCAGAGAAAUCAGAGACAGUAACCCAGCAGCCUAAAAAAAGAAAACUUCAAGUAACCACUGAAUCUCAAGUUGAACUUCUAUCAACAUCACAACAACGAAACCAAUCAUUAGAACAGGCAAAACAGGAUAUAGAAAGCAUGCUUAAAUCUAAUGUUGAUUUCAAUGACAAAGAGGAGUAUGCCACUUUAUUGUUGUGGGAUUUUGCGGGAGAUGAAGAAUUUUACCAUACCCAUCAAACUUUUUUGUCCUCAGAUGCAAUUUAUCUUGUUGUAACAAAACUCAAUGAAGCUGACAACAAAAAUGCACAAGAUUUAUUCCAGUUAUGGAUGGACUCGAUCCAUUGCUACAGUAGACUGGAAGAGGACAAAAGUAAUUCUGCUGAUAGCAAGACAACAUCAGAUGAUCUUGAUCCACCAGUAGUUAUUGUUGGUACUUGGAAAGAUGCUGUGACCUCUGAGUCAGAAGAGAUUGACGAUGCAUAUCGAGAAAAGAUUUUUACCUUUACGGAGAAUAUGUCAGAAGAUGAACUAAGACAUAUAAGAAAAGAAUACUUCAUUUCCAACACAGAAGAUGAUCCCAGUGUUUUCCAACAAAUCCGAGAAGACGUUCUAUAUUUAGCCAGAAAAAUGAAAACAUGGAACCAAGUUUAUCCCUUAAAAUUUAUUCAGCUUGAAAAACGAAUUCAUGAAAAAAAGAAGGAGUUACCAAUUAUUUCCUUUAAUGAAAUUCAGCACAUCUCUACUGAUACACAUAAUCCACUAAAUGAUGAGGAACUCAGAUUGUUCCUGGAAUUUCACCAUGAGAUCAGAGCUUUAGUUUAUUUCAAAGAUCUUCCUUCUUAUAUUAUUUUAGACACACAGUGGUUGUCCAAUGCUUUUAGAUGUAUAGUCACAGCAAAGAAAUUUAGAGCUAUUAGUAUUAAAAAUAGAACAAAAUGGGAUGAAUUGUACAGUAGAGGCAAAUUACAUAACGAGGUUUUAGACGACAUAUUUAGUAAAAGUGAAAACACUUUUUCCAACCACAAGGAACACAUCCUGAACGUAAUGGAGAAAUUUGAUAUCAUUAUACGUCCAAACAUAUCAGGAACUGAAAGAGACGCUGUUGAUGACAAACAUCUUUAUUAUAUACCUUGUAUGAUUAAAUCAGAACCUGAGUGUGAUAUUUACGAAAUAUUUAACGUGACAGAAUACACAUGUACUAAGUCUAACUGGUUAUGUUAUAUGUUUAGGUUUCUACCACCUCAUUUAAUGAAUCAUUUAAUUGCAUCCCUAUGCAGGAAAUAUAAAGUAGCAGAAGUUGUCACAAAGGCACAAAAAAAACAAAUUGCUCUUUUCAGAAGCUCAGCUGUCUUUGAGUUAGAUAAAACGACCAAAUUAGCAAAAUUACAUAUAAUGAAAUGUCCAAAUUGGAUUCAAAUUCAGGUUUGGCAAUUUGGGAAAGAACGUGAGAGAGGUUUGUACAAAUACAUUGACGAUUUUGUGACAGAGGAAAUUGUCAAGAUAAUAAACACAAGAUUUAAGAUGUUUAAUGUGAAAUUUUGGAAAAGUUGGGAAUGUGGCCUUACAAAACCAGAGUCUGUGACAGGAUCAAAUGAUUUUAGUGAGGAGCAGAUUCCAGAAUAUUACUGUGAAAAAUGUACAAGCACCCAUAUAUUCAUUAAUGAUUGGCAAGAUCUGACCAGUAGACGAUCAUGCCUGCCAAUUAGUUGUGACAUUAAACCUGGACUCAACCAGAACAGAGAUAACACCAGUCACGCCCAAACUACAUCUUCUAAGGUGUUUAUCCGUAUCAACGCUAGUAAUAGAGACAUUUCAAAUAUCCGUGAUGAGGCGACAGCAGCAGCCAGUUUGACAGGGUUCACAAAAGAGGAAAUCAAUUUUUCAAAGAUGGGAAUGAUAGCGCUGAAUAUUCUUGCUGAUGUUUUAUAUGAUCUAUUGAAACCGGAUAAACCAUGUCUACGUCCAAGGUGUGAUUGUGAUAUAACAUAUUUGUACAGUGAGCACAGGAAUCUUAAUAAACACAUUCCUAGUAAUUCAUGGGGUGGUCCAUGGCAAAGAAUUCAGACUACAGACAUAGCUAUUGGAGAUGAUAUUGAGCGCAUAAGACUGACAAGAAACGAAUUACAACACUCUAGAAUAUUUCAUCUUGAUGAUAAACGUUUUAAUGAAUUACGUAAUAUACUAAGCGACCUUUUAAAACGGUUUGAUCAACACAGCAAACCAACAAGGCUGUAUACAGAUCAUCUAAAUGAGAUUUUGGCUAAAACUGUUUCUGUAGAGGAAGUGAAAUCUGUUAAAAAUCAAAUAUUAGGAAUGGCUAUUGAAGUUGAAAUUGAACACCAAAUCAAUGUUUCAACACAAUAGAGAAAUAAGCCCAUCUUCACAUUUUGUAUAAACAGUAACGUAUGUAUUUUACGAGCAAUACGUACACCACUAUAGCAAUAGAUUUACAGAAGACCUAUCAUUUAUGAUAAUAAUCGAUUAUCCUUAUUAAAAGAUGGUAUGCUGCUGAUAAAAAUAGAGUCACACAAAAAGAUGGCCAAGAUAAAAAUAAAAAAAGAGUGGACCAAAGAUGAAUGAUUUGACUAGAAUUCAAAAAUGAACCAAUAGUGAACUGUUUCAGUGUUAUUUUUAAACUGUAAAUGCAUGCAGUAAAUACUGUGUCAACAUACUAUAAUAUGUAUACAUGUACAGCCAAUACCAUACAUGUAUUAAUUAUGUGCAUAGAAUGAAUACUUGUAGCUAUGAAAGAAAUAUAUAUAUGUGAAUGUAAAAAUGGAAUCUAGAAAAAAUAUUUUCAGUACAGUGAAAAAAUGAGAUAAAACAAAAUCACAAUUAGGAAUAUUUUCUCUUUGUUUUAGUUGAUAAAGUUAACUGUGAGUACUCUCAUAUCUGUUGUUGGCAUGGUUGGGAUGUUCAAGUGCCCAGCCAGGUCCAUUCUGUCUAUUUUAGAUGUAUUUUAUUCAUAUUUGUUACGUUUAGAAGACGUGCUUUUCAACAGACUGUCGGAAUUUCAAUGGAAACCAAUUGUGCCCCUCUUCUUUCCAAUUUGUUUUUUUCUUAAUUUUUAUGAGGCUGACUUCAUACAGGAACUUCUUAGGAAGAAGAACAAGAAGUUAGCAACAUCCUUAACUUUACGUUGCGCUAUAUAGAUGAUGUUCUCUAACUAAAUAAUUCAAAAGUUGGUCACUAUGUCAUGAAUGAUCAUGUACAUGUAUGUUGAAUGAAUCUAUCCCAUCGAACUAGAGAUAAAGGAUACUACAGAUACAGUUAAGUCUGCCUUAUAUUUUGACUUACAUCUAGACAUUUACAAUGAGGGUCGAUUAAAAAAAACUUUACGACAAAAGAAAUGAUUUCAACUGCCCAAUUCUGAACUUUCUUUUUUAAGUUGCAAUAUUCCAGCAGCCCCUAUAUGCGGAAUAUACAUCUCCAAACUGAUACGAUAUUCCCGGGCUCGCAUUUCCUAUCAUGAUUCAAUGGAUGGAGGAUUGCUGAUUACUGACGCCAUAACGCGUUGGUUGACUGUUAUGGAAUAACUGUUUCAUAGAUGAUAUCGGAUAUGAUCCUCAUGUCCUAACAAUAAUACCUUUUAAUUCUACGCUUGUGACCUACGAAUUAGAUUUGUUAUAACAUAAGCAAGACGGUGGUGCCACAUGUGGAGAUCACCCCCAGUUUUUGGUGGGGUUCGUGUUGCUUAGUCUUGAGUGUUCAAAGUUGUGUCUUCUGUACUAUUAUUUGUCUAUUUUUUUUUAAAUGUUUAGUCAUGGCGUUGUCAAAUUAUUUUCAAUCCUUGGCUUUCGAAAUUUUUUCAUCAGAGCGUCACUGGCGUAUUUAAUAUUUAACCUGGCUCCUUUUGUUAGCUAUUAUUCGUAUGUUCUCUGUCCUAUAUGUUCUCCCUAUUAUUUGUAUUGCAGUCCUAUCAAGCAAUGUCAUUUUAAUGUUAUAUUUAACAUUGCCAUUAAAGCGGGAGGUAUGGCAUGCCACAAAACCAGGUU